CGCCUUCUCGCAGUCUAUUUUGAAGGCAGGCGAUUGGAGCACAGCGCGGGGGUGAGGACGCCCGCCGUCAGCAUACACGCUGCCCUACUCAACCAUUAACCUGUCAUUUCAAGACAUAUCAAGCUUUUUUUGAGCGCAAAAUCGAAGUGAAUAUCCCGGACGCUCUCGUUCGCCGAAUCAAGGACGAUUUUGAAUUCUUAAAGCGUGUCCGAGUCCGAGACGGGAAGACAUGGCCACGACUACAUGUACGCGCUUCACGGACGAAUAUCAGCUGUACGAGGAGCUGGGCAAGGGAGCGUUUUCAGUGGUGCGACGAUGUGUGAAGUUGAGCACGGGCCAAGAAUAUGCCGCCAAAAUCAUCAACACCAAAAAACUCUCCGCAAGAGAUCAUCAGAAGCUCGAACGAGAAGCUCGAAUCUGUCGUUUGCUGAAACACCCCAAUAUUGUUCGUCUGCAUGACAGUAUAUCAGAGGAGGGUUUCCACUACCUACUGUUUGAUUUGGUGACUGGAGGUGAACUGUUUGAAGACAUUGUAGCCAGAGAGUACUACAGUGAAGCAGACGCCAGUCACUGCAUCCAGCAGAUCCUGGAGGCGGUGCUUCACUGCCAUCAAAUGGGCGUGGUGCACCGAGACCUGAAGCCAGAGAAUCUGCUCUUGGCCAGCAAGUGCAAGAACGCUGCUGUGAAGCUGGCUGACUUUGGACUGGCCAUUGAGGUGCAGGGAGACCAGCAGGCAUGGUUUGGAUUUGCAGGAACACCAGGUUACCUGUCCCCCGAGGUGCUGAGGAAGGAAGCAUAUGGCAAACCGGUGGACAUCUGGGCCUGCGGUGUGAUUCUGUACAUUCUGCUGGUUGGAUAUCCACCUUUCUGGGACGAGGAUCAACACAAACUUUACCAACAGAUCAAAGCGGGAGCUUAUGAUUUUCCAUCUCCAGAAUGGGACACGGUUACUCCUGAAGCCAAAAAUCUCAUCAAUCAAAUGCUAACCAUAAACCCUGCCAAGAGAAUCACUGCACAGGAAGCUCUCAAACACCCAUGGGUCUGCCAACGCUCUACUGUGGCUUCCAUGAUGCACAGACAAGAGACUGUGGAAUGUCUGAAGAAGUUCAACGCCAGGAGGAAGCUCAAGGGGGCCAUCCUCACCACCAUGCUUGUGUCACGGAACUUCUCUGUGGGUAGCAGGCAGACCACGGCUCCCGCCUCGGUCACUGCGGCUGCGGCUGCAGUAGCCGCGGCUGCAGGCACCACAGCAGGGCUGGUGGAACAAGCCAAGAGCUUGUUGAACAAAAAAGCAGACGUUAAGAAGCGGAAGUCGAGCUCUACCAUUCAAUACAUGCCCCAGACAAACAGCACCAAAAACAGCAUAGUCACCAGUCCCAAGGGAAACCUCCCCUCUCCUGCACUGGAGGCACAGACCACUGUCAUCCAUAAUGCAGUGGAUGGGAUUAAGGAGUCAUCGGACAGCAGUAAUGCCACAGUGGAGGAUGAGGAAAUGAAAGGAAAGCUUGUAGAUAACAGUUCAGUUCAGUCAAACCCCAGCACCCAGCCUGACUCCGCCCACACACCUCAAGGCCCCUCCCCCGCUCUCUUCACUGCCACUAAGUUCACUGAUCUAUUGGGUGUGGUACGUCGGGGCUCGGUGCCCACAUCUGAUGGUGAGGGGGGAAGCACUAUCACUCCAGCUGUUGUUUCUGUGCCCUCCAUUACCCAGACCCCCAACAUUCCCACACAGAUGUCACGUUUGACUGAUCUAGUGAGCAGUGUGCGCAGACCUACAGCCCCCCAUACAGACAGUGAGUCAUCAGCAGCCAGCAGACCCCUUACUGCCCCAAUAUCUGCCCCAACACACCCCUCCCCUUCCCCUGCCCAACCGUCCUCCAGCCCCCUGCCGUCAGCACAUUCACGCAAACAGGAGAUCAUCAAAAUCACUGAACAGCUUAUUGAGGCCAUCAACAAUGGCGACUUUGAAGCCUAUGCUAAAAUCUGCGACCCUGGACUCACCUGCUUUGAACCUGAGGCCUUGGGAAAUCUGGUGGAGGGGAUGGACUUCCACAGAUUUUACUUUGAGAACUUGCUGUCUAAGAACAGUAAGCCCAUCCACACCACCAUCCUCAACCCUCACGUGCACCUGAUUGGAGAUGAGGCCGCCUGCAUCGCCUACAUCCGCCUCACGCAAUACGUGGAUGGGCAGGGCCGGCCGCGCAGCAGCCAGUCAGAAGAGACGAGGGUGUGGCAUCGCCGGGACUCCAAAUGGCAGAAUGUCCAUUUCCACUGUUCGGGAGCUCCAGCCGCCCCUCUACAGUGAAGGUUGAGCUCGUUGUAGCCACAUCUAACAAGAGUGCCCAGCCAGAAAUGGAGAGUGCAAGAGUGAAAGAGAGAGAGUGAGGGAGGGGGGGAAGUUGGAGAGAGGGAGGAAGGAAAAGCGAGCCCAGUGAUGGGUGGCUGUGAGUCUGCAGUGCCUGGCCCUCCCACACUGGGCCCGGCCCCCUCACUUGUCAAUCACCUCACCUGCCAAUCACUUUUGUGCGUCGUCUUCUGUCUUACCUUCAACUUUACCCCCUCCCUCCCAGACACCGUCCCUGUUAUCUUUACACCCGUGCAGAGACUCCCCUUGUUGUGCACAUGUGCUGUGUGGAGUUGGACAGUCUUUGAUUAGUACGGAUAAUAAGGCCUCAGCGAGUCGUCUGUGAAACACCAUGCUUUCCGUCGCACCUUCCCAGUGUGAAUAACGUUACACUGAUUCGCCGUCCUCACUUACAGUGUGUAGAUUUUCAAUAUUAUUGUUAUUAUUAUUAUUCUUAUGAUUAUGAUUAAUAUCGUUCUUACUGUUGUUAUUAGUAUUAAAUACAAAAGCAAUUGUACGUGUCACUUACACAACUCACGUUCUGGAUGCCAAUGAUUUUUAAGUUACGCCUUUUCCAAACACUUUUGGAGAGCAUGAAGUUUUCAGUAUAGCCAAAUCGGCCAUUUCCAUGUGUGGCUGCUGUUCAUGUACAGGCUUCUCAAUGUGAUUCACAUCCAACUGACGUGUCUGUCCAUGUGUUUAAACGUUAGUGGACAAAUGUUGGUAUGUGUGACUGUUUUGGAGCAGAUUCUACCAGAGCCUGAUCAAAAACGACGUGACGUUCGGGGUCUUCCAGCUUUAAUUGCUAUUUCUCACAUCAUUCAUGCAGAUUUGGAAUAAUUCAUAUUGGAUGAACAAUAUCCUUGUUCUGGAAGCCACAGUCGUGUUUUAUACAUAACCUGUGACACCAAUUGCAAUGUUAGUAUUAGACGGUAGUGUUAGUAUUGCGAUUUUUAGGUUUUUUUUUCGUUACUUCCUCAGCUGAGCCAGCGGUGUUAGGAAAGCGCCCAUAGAGUUGAACCGACUGAAACUAAAAGCCAUACCUCAGCUGACCUCCUCAUUCGUGUUUUCUCGCACUACGUGGACAUCCAGUGAAGACAUUGCUCUCCAAAAACAGCUAUUGUAUCUCUACGCUAGUCAUAAUGGAGGUUUAAAGUCAUUGGAAGCCACUAAAGAGCAGCUGAUUGAAGGAAUUUGCAAAAUUUGGUCGAUCUUGGUGGUUUUCAGCUGAUGGAGUUACGUAUUUGCGCUCUUUUGAGUUUUCCGCUCUUAGAUUUUUCGCGACAUACGGUGUUGACUUAUCAAUAUUACUCUUGUUCUAUUUUUGAGAGUUUAUAUAUAUUUUGUUUGUCGUCGGUGUGUGAGAAUUUUAAGGAGAGUGAAAAAUGUUACCUUGGAUCCUUUUUAAAGUGUGUUUACCCUUUGGAUGGGCAAAGUGCAAGGUGUGUGAAAAUCUUUUGAAGAACGAAGAGGUUCGUAAUCAAAAUCGGCAGCAAUAGUUUUAUAUUUCGAAAGAUGGUAAGAUAUAGUUUAUGAAGCGUACGUCACACCUCGUGCAACUUUAUGCUGGUUUCAGUCUACUUUUGAAGGGUUGAGCUGACGUGACAUCAUCACCCGGUCAUGUGACUAUUUUAUUGACCUUGUGUCCUCAGGUUGUAUUUAUUUAUUUGAUGUUAUUAUCGCAACUUCUUACAUGCUUCUUAAGUUUGUGUGCGUGGCACACUUUGUCUAAUGUUUGAACACACUAGCUUUGAGCCACGUCAUAUCGAUGAUGACUACUGAUCUUUUUUGUUGUUGUUAUUUGAAAGAAAUUGUCCGAAGCACCUCUCACACAGAUGAAAAAUAUGAUCCAAAUUUUUCUGUCAAACAAAGCGACCCCGCGAGGCACGUGUGUACGUGUGUUUGUGCUCCGGUGUUCUGCUUCUGUUACAGUUACGUCUCAUUCUUGGAUGCUUUAUUUCAUGCAAAACUUCACCUGUGUUUAUACGAGUGAUCAGAGUUCCACACCUGUCCACUCCCUAAAACAAAAAAAAGACAAAAACAAAACAGCAUGUAAAAAGUGUACUGUUCUCUGUGUGUUUAGCAAUGAAAAUAAACAUGUUACGAGUGAAAGUGCACAUCACUGUUAAAACAGGACACACAGUAUUGAAACUGCAGUUUACUUGCAUUUCAGCUGGAAUUUCUUUGCAUGACAGUCACUUGAACACUAGGUUUGGUGUUAUUUAUCUUUUUGAUUUAUUUUUUUCUAUUGAAUGCUGGUUUACCUAAACCUUUCUCUUAUCUGUUUUACCAGCUUUGUUAAGUGCAUAUAUAUAUACAAAUAUAUAUAUAUAUAUAUAUAAUAUUUUUGUCCCAAAAUGAUGCCGACGGUGGCAGUGUAAAUGACGAAGACUAUGGCUCCGAAAUGUCGAUGAUAUUAAGAUUAUGGAAAUGGUGAUAUUUCUACGGCAUGCUUUUGUAUUAAGCUCAUUGUUGUCAAUGCAGGGUGACUGAUAUUUAUAUUAACGACUAUAAGAUUACUCAUUAGUAUGAGACUGCUUGACUUCAGAGAAGCAGUUGCAAUAUUAGCUAAAUAUGCAUGGGGUUUUCAAGAUCACUUUAAGCUAAAUUUGUAUCGGCAGUGACAUAGUUCUGCUGUUGUGCUUUGCGGAUAUUCACCAAACCUGAAUGGCCAAUAAAAUCAUGGAUUGUUUCUGACUCCUAUCAGUCUUUUAUGACAAACUUAAUAAUUACAGCUCAGUAGAGAUAGCAGAGAUCCAGAGUAUUUCUACCUGCACCGACAACACCGUCCGUCUUUAAGCACAGGGCUGUUUCCGUUCCACUCGUCAUAUCAUUUCUCUGAUUGGAAACAGUGCCGGAUAGUUUCUCUGAAGUUGAGUUUUCUCACGGUAGCCCUCUGUUAGUUUUGUUUUUCUGUAUAAGAUAAUAUUCUCUUUGAUUUCUGAUGAUUCUUACUCUUGUUAUUGCUCUGUUCUAAAACAUGCUCUGUGUAUUCCCUGACUUAAGCAAAUGUGUUCAAAAGAUAUAAAUAAAUGAGAUGAUUUAAAUACUGA